AACUACGGAAGUGGCUGCCGGGAGAGGGCGGGACAACAGGAAGUAAACAUUGACGGACUGAUCUCGUCUCUGUCGGAAGCCUUUGGGGUCGGCUGUGGCCGGACUGGAGGGGUCCAGAUAACCAUGUCAGCUGCAGCUGUAGAUGCAGUUAAUGCGGCCCCCCUGUCAGGGUCCAAAGAAAUGAGUCUGGAGGAACCAAAGAAGAUGACCAGAGAGGACUGGAGAAAGAAGAAGGAGUUAGAAGAGCAGCGGAAACUGGGUAAUGCUCCUGCAGAAGUUGAUGAAGAAGGAAAAGACAUCAACCCUCAUAUACCUCAGUAUAUUUCUUCAGUGCCAUGGUAUAUUGAUCCAUCAAAAAGACCUACUUUAAAGCACCAGAGACCACAACCAGAGAAACAGAAGCAAUACAGCUCAUCUGGAGAAUGGUACAAGAGGGGUGUAAAAGAGAAUUCCAUAACUACUAAGUACCGCAAGGGAGCAUGUGAAAAUUGUGGGGCCAUGACACACAAAAAGAAAGACUGCUUUGAGAGACCUAGGCGAGUUGGAGCAAAAUUUACAGGUACUAAUAUAGCUCCAGAUGAGCAUGUCCAGCCCCAGCUGAUGUUUGACUAUGAUGGGAAGAGGGACCGGUGGAAUGGCUACAAUCCAGAGGAACACAUGAAAAUUGUAGAAGAAUACGCCAAAGUUGAUCUGGCAAAACGAACACUGAAAGCCCAGAAACUCCAAGAAGAAUUAGCCUCAGGGAAAUUAGUGGAACAAGCUAAUUCUCCAAAACACCAGUGGGGAGAAGAGGAACCAAAUUCUCAAACGGAAAAAGAUCAUAAUAGUGAAGAUGAGGAUGAAGAUAAAUAUGCAGAUGACAUUGACAUGCCUGGACAGAACUUUGACUCUAAGAGGCGAAUUACUGUCCGGAAUCUCAGGAUUCGAGAAGAUAUUGCAAAAUAUUUGCGGAAUUUAGAUCCAAAUUCUGCUUACUAUGAUCCCAAAACUAGAGCGAUGAGAGAGAAUCCCUAUGCCAAUGCAGGAAAGAAUCCAGAUGAAGUGAGCUAUGCAGGGGAUAACUUCGUUAGAUACACAGGAGAUACCAUUUCAAUGGCUCAGACACAGUUGUUUGCUUGGGAAGCCUAUGACAAGGGAUCUGAAGUGCAUCUGCAGGCCGAUCCUACAAAACUAGAGCUGUUGUACAAGUCCUUCAAAGUCAAAAAAGAAGACUUCAAGGAACAGCAGAAAGAAAGCAUCCUGGAAAAGUAUGGUGGCCAAGAACAUUUGGAUGCCCCUCCAGCUGAAUUGCUUUUAGCUCAGACUGAAGACUAUGUGGAGUACUCAAGACAUGGGACAGUCAUCAAAGGACAGGAGAGGGCUGUCGCCUGCUCUAAGUAUGAGGAGGAUGUGAAGAUCCACAAUCACACACAUAUCUGGGGAUCUUACUGGAAAGAAGGCCGAUGGGGAUACAAAUGCUGUCACUCCUUUUUCAAGUAUUCCUAUUGCACUGGAGAAGCUGGGAAGGAGAUUGCUAAUUCAGAGGAAUGUAUUAUAAAUGAUAUAACUGGAGAAGAAUCUGUAAAAAAACCUCAAACGCUCAUGGAGAUGCAUCAGGAAAAACUAAAAGAAGAUAAAAAGAAGAAAAAGAAGAAGAAGAAGAAGCAUCGAAAGAGCAGUUCAGAUAGUGAUGAUGAAGAAAAGAAACAUGAAAAAUUGAAAAAGGCCCUGAAUGCAGAGGAAGCCCGCCUUCUUCACGUCAAGGAGAUUAUGCAGAUUGAUGAGAGGAAGCGGCCUUACAAUAGCAUACAUGAAACUCGGGAACCCACUGAAGAGGAAAUGGAGGCCUAUAGAAUGAAACGUCAGAGGCCGGAUGACCCCAUGGCCUCCUUCCUUGGACAGUAGUAGCUAGUUAUAGACAGUCACCCAAGAUAGACACAUAGAUACAUUCUUUUCAGCUUCUUGCUGAUAAUUGUAGGUGGAAAACCCCUUGACUACUCUUUUUGCUGCCUGACUUUAAUAAAGCUUCCAGAAGUCCUUUUGUAAAUUCAUUUCUUUGUACACCGAAGAAACAAGAAAAACAAAGAGCAAUUCAUUAAGUGUAUGUUAAGAUUUUUUUUCCAAUUUUAUAUUAGGUGAUGUGGAAAGAGGCCUUGGCUCUUUACCUAGCAAGAAUGUCUUCUACUCAACAUUAUUAAGGCUUAAACUGUAUCUCCACAAUUCAUAUGGCCCUUUAUCUAGUUAACACGCAUUUUGAAGGCAGAUUAGUUACUCUUUCUCAAAAUCAGGGUUUCAUUUUUUCAAAUUAUUAGUAACUAUAAUUAUAGUUAUUUGAGAAUCCUUUGUUUUUGCCUUCUAAGGUUUUCCUGGUCUGAAACUAAAAAAAUUAUUCUAUCUUGGGUUUUGGGUUACUGAAAGGAAACCUGUAGAACAUAUGAGUAACUUUAUCUCCCAUGUCAAUCUGUAUAGUAAUAAUUCUGUUUUCUACUUGGUUAUAAAAUUUUUAUUUUUAAAAUAUUUCCUUGUACCUUACAUCCAGAAUAACAGAAAAAUAAUAUUUUGUCAUCUUUGAGCCAGUGUUGUGAUGGUCUUUUAUCAUUCUGGACUUGAGCCUUUAAACACAGAAAUCCUUUCCUCUAUCAUAGAAAAUACAGUUUGUGAUACUAUUUGUUGCUUUAAUUGUGAUUGCCUUUAUGUAAAAAUAAUGAAUAUUAAAUUUUAAAAGAUUGUAGAAUAUCCAUUAUACCUAAUAUCUAUAGUAAGCAGGUGUCUGUAAAAUUUGCAAAAAGCAAAACCUGAAGUUGAAAGUUUCUUCAAAGAAUUAGAAGGAUAGCUUGUAGGGCUAUUAAUAACUGAGACCGCCAUGAUCCUCAGGCCUCUUCUAAGACCAUCAUGAAAAUAAUACUGACAGAGUGGGCUCAAUGAAAACAGCCUGUUUCAAACCCCUGAUAGAAGUACAUUGGCUUUUUAACAGCUCACCAAAACUGAUUAGGAUACAGCUUUAAGUUACCAUCUCAGAAAUAGUAACAAUCGAAUUGUCAAGUACUAUGAAUAUAGUGUGUAGAUUAAGACUACUAUGCAAUUAAAAAAGCAAUGCAAAUGGAGGUAAUUCUUAACCUAUUUCAAGAAAGUCAAUGACAUGUGUUCAUAUUCCUACCUUACCAUGGGGUGGCUCCAUAAAGUGACAAUGUCUAUUUUGUAUUUUAUUUAUCUUUUGGUAAUAAAGAUACAUAAUUAGAA